AUGGGAGACGAAAACCAAGGAAGCAUGUCUUCAGUAGCAAGAUGGGAUCAUCCCAAUCACCAGCUUUACCUUCACCAUUUAGAUCAACCUGGCGCUGUUUUUAUGCCACAACCUUUGGUUGAAGACAACUACAACACAUCGAGCCAAUCCAUGACUAUGGCUCUGACAAUUAAAAACAAGAUUGGAUUUAUAGAUGGCUCAAUGAAGGAGCCUGAUGAGAAGAAACCAGAUGAGAAGAAACCAGAUGAGUAUCAACAAUGGAAUCGGUGUAAUAGUUUGGUUAAAACGUGGCUGCUGGGAUCUAUGCCCAAAGAUAUUGCAACCAGUGUCAUUAACUACAAGGAUGCCAGGCAAAUGUGGCUUGAUUUACAAGAAAGAUUCUCACAUGUGAAUGUGGGCAACAUGUCUGUGGGAUCCUGCUUCACAAAACUGAAAGGUUUAUGGGAUGAGCGUGAUGCACUCUACACCUUUCCAACAUGCACUUGUGGAUCAAUCAAGGAAGUGGCUGCAUACCUGGACACACAGAAAACCAUGAAAUUUCUCAUGGGUCUUAGUGAUUCAUAUGUGGGUGUUCGUAGCAACACUCUGUUGCAGGAUCCAUUACCAAUAAUAAACAAGACAUAUUCACUGGUUCUUCGUCAUGAAAAACAAUCAGAAGUGACAACUGGGAAAAGUCUUGCUCAACCAGAGGCUACUACCUUUGCCGACAUACGGCUGAAUAUUGUCGCAAGAGGAAAGCAGUAA